AUCAAAUAUCAACAUUGACAUUGGUUAUUUCAGAAAGUGGGUGUUCAUGAAACUUUUUCAUUAAUCAAGUCAAUAUUAUUGUGUAUUUUCCGAUAAUAAGCUAAUUCUAAAAACACACUACGUGAUAUUAUAGUUCAUAAUAAUUUCAAUUUGUGAUGAAUAAAUAAAAUACAGACAUGGAAGGUUUGCCUUCUGGUGAUAUCCAGGCUAAAUAUCAAAAAUUAGCUGCAGAAUAUUCAAAGUUGCGAGUUCAUGUUAAGGUGUUGAAAAAAGGUGUAUUAGAUGAACAGGCUAAGGCAAAUGAAUUGCGAGAAGUAUUGAAAGAGAAAGAGAAAUCGUUGCGUAAAGGGGAAUUAGAGAUAGAUUCACUUUCUUUUAGGAAUCAGCAACUAACACGACGAGUAUCCGUUCUACAAGAUGAAAUUGAACAAAAACAGAGUAAAACAACAAAAAAAAUGAAAAGCAAAGAUGAUAAAUUAGUAAAUAAUAGCAGUUCUGCACAAUUAGAUGCAGGUUUAUUCCAGGAAGAGCUCCAAAAGAAAAUUAUUGAAAAUGCUCAGUAUGCAUCACAGCUAUCUGAUAAAACAUUUGAAAUAUCUCAAUUAAAAGCGUCAAUAGAAGAUUGCAAUCGUCAUAUGAGUGAAUGUGAGAGUAGGUAUAAGUGUGAAAUAGCUAAGUUAAAGAACAAGAAUCAAGAUCUACAAUUUGCUUUGGAGGAAGCCCACAAGGACAAGCUUGGAGGGACAGCCAAAGUCCAAGCUGGAAGUUUGGCCAGCUGCAAUGGUGACUUUUUAUCUGAAGGUGGCAGUUUGAUUGGUAGUGAGGAUGCUCUUAGUUCUGUUGAUGACUUAAAUAUUACUGAGCAACUUGGCAACAAGUUACAUAAUUUGGAACUGGAAACCCAAAAGCUUCGUAUGGAGUAUGGCCUACUGGAGAUGGAGAAUGACAGCUUGAAGCUGGAAAUCAGUAAGCACGUAUCAGCCGCUCAGAGGCGACGCGCUGACGCCCACGACUCUGGAGAUUUUAAUGCCUUCAACCAGACUUCUGUUGACGGUGAAGGUCGUGUCACGGGUCUGCUUGGAAGUCUUCACGUUCCAUUUUUGCUUAACGAGGAGAUUGAGCAGCGUGAGGAGAGGUUGACGGCCUACUUCCGGAAAAAGAUCACAGCGCUUAAUGCUGAGAGAGAUGAACUGCUAAGCAAUAUUGAGUGUUAUGCUAAAGAGUGUGAAAAUUUGCGACAUCGCUUCGAAGAGUUGGACCGCGAAAAGGAAGCCGAUAAUAACACGAUACAGGACAAACACAAUACUAUUAGUCGACUGGAAGAAGAGCUCCAGUCUACGUCUCACAAUUACGAACAACAGAUGUCGCUGUUGACCGAGCACUUGGCGGCCCUGAACGACCAGCUCGCCGCCCAACACGAAACCAUAGAGCAUCUUAAGCAUCAACUAGCCACCAGGAAGAAAUAAACGAGAGAACUCAAACAUCAAUAAAAAUUAAACAAUAUACACUAAAUAAUAAAUAUCCAAUUGAUAACAUUUAUUUUUUUAAGCCGUUUUAAAAGGUUGAUUGACUGUAAGUCUAAUGACGGUAGUCUAGUGACGGUAGUCAUUGCGUUACGCAUUCUCCGAAGCUAAUAUUAAUUUUUGAUAUCAAACUUCCUUUAAUUCCAGCAAAGUCUAAAUGUCAUUAUAUAAAAUGAGUUGUCUAUUAACGCAUUACUCGUAGCAAUUAUGACAGGUAUGUUGCUGAGCGUAAGAUAACCAUGGAGGUGGAGUUUUAGUUUUUUCUCCAUCAUCUACGAGACCUGAAAUCUAAAGCAAAUCAAGUUACUUUUCAGUACCAAUGUAUUUUAUUGAUGUUUGAAUAUUUACCAAAUUAGGAAAAAUCCAAAAUAUUGUCUUUUGAGUAGUUAGGAGAAAUAGUUAAGUGUAGGUAGGAAAAAUACAAAUAUACCCUCAUUAUACUUCCAUUAAGAGAUAUAAAUGUACCCUCAUUUUAGGUUUAUUUUUGUUGUCAAUUCAAACUGUUAUUUACAUCGCUCUAUUUACCUCCUGUAUCUCCUGUAUCAUGUACACAUCUGUAUAUGAGAUCUUACAUCAUUUAUGUAUGUAUAUAUAUAUAGCUUUAAUUUUAUUGUAUCUUACAAAAGCGAUCAGCAAACUUGGGGUACAUAUUUAUAUAUUUGCUUUUGUAUGUAAGCCUUUACAAUCAGUUUAACGAAAAAAAAACUUUUAAGAACUAGAUUAAAGGCUUAAUUAUUUUAAUUUAUUGGCGUAAAUAACUUCUCAAUAACAAAACUACGAAAUCACACAACUUUUUUUUCGUUAUUUUAUAAUUUAUAAGCGUCUCACAGGAUCUCUUAAAUUAAAAAAAAAUGGAAGAGGAAAUCUAGAUUGUAGUGAGAAUAUGAUUUUUAACAUAUAUUAAUUUAAUAUUGUAUUACUAUUAGAUCUAUCGGCUCAGUAUAGAGCCGAGUUUGAAUUUACCAAAGAUCUAAUCAUUGGUGUAAUAAAAGUAGGUUUGAUAAAAGCUGCAGUAUGCAGUAUAUAUUUAAAGUUAUAUAUCUCCGUGUUAUAUGUUGAUUUUUUAUCAUUCCUAUCUUACCUUUAGUCUAUGUUUACUACUUUUGGCUAGUGAAAAUAAUUUGGUAUUUUUUGGCGUUUAUAGAACUUGUGUUAUGCAUUCGAAUUAUGUGAAAAGUACAUAAUGUAAAAAUUGUAAAUAUACGCGAAUAAUGUUGCACUUGCGUCAUAUAACUGUAUUAUUUACGUGUAAUAUAAUGUAUUAUAUAUAGAUAUUUCUAAAUCAUUGUGAUUAAAAUGAGUUAUACA